GAGCGCAGCCCCCCACACUCCGGAGGGGGGGGGGGGGGUUAGCCCUAAGUCUUUCCGGUACCCUGUACCUGCUAAAAAUCUCUUGCCGGUACUGGAGGGUACUGCCCUUCCUGCACUCACCAUAUCAACCUGGGUAGGAACAAUCAGGAACUUUCCUGGUGGCUGCAGGGCUGUGACCUUGCAUUAGGUAUUGUAGCCACACAUUUAACAAGGGUUCAGUAUCCUGACUGUGUAAGAGCAUGUUGGUGAAAUUGGCCAACCGGUGUAAAAUAAAAAAUUACACAAGCCCAGGGCCAUGGGGAAUUCGUGGCUGGAGGCUGCUUGGUAAUGCUGCUGCCGUUUCCAGGUGAGGAGCAGCCUCCUCCUCCUCGGGGCAUCCUUUCCAUCAGAGACAGGAAACGAGACUGGCUAAGCCACUGUUGGUUCUGCUAAGGUAAGUCCUGUUCUGCUGCUCUUGCUUACCCUUUUCCAUAAUGAUUCGCCAGGGAACUGUGGACAUCUGGCAGUCUGCCAGAUGUCCAGGAUAAGCUCCUGAGCCCUUGAAUGGAGGCAGCUUUUCUGUAGCAGAAAGAGACUGUCCUUGGCUUUUGGGAAGUUGCUGGCACAAUUUCCACAGUGGCCUCAGGUGAGUCACUUAAUCCCUGUGCCUCAGUUUCUCUGUCUGUAAUGAGGCUUCCCUGGGGAGGCUGGUGGGAAGGGUAAGUUUGAAGCAGGUUGUGUGACAGAGGUGCUCAGGGCAGUCGCUUGGCCAUGACUCACAGGAAUGGAAACAAAUAGGCCUCUGGAGUUCCCAUGGAGCUUCACUAGGUGUCUGUGGGCUCUGUGUCUGAUUCCCUUGUCUCUCUCCUUCACCGUGCUGGCAUAAAGGGGAGGAGCAUCAGAUUCAUCCUUCAUAGUCCCAAGGGCAUCUUCGCUGUUCAUAUGCGAGACUCCUGCUGCCACAGGGUGCUAAAAACCAGGGCAAUCUAUGAGCAAGAUGGCAAAAAUGGGGGCUUAACUGCUAGUGUGUUUCUAUUGCAGCACCUUCACUCAUUAAAUGAGUUGGGUGGAGGGGCAGGUCUCAGCUGCUCAAGCUCUUCUCCCGGUGCCAGGUAAAGAGCCUUUGGCAUGAGACCAGAAUUUAGAUGUUAAGCAUGGUUAGCUGGUGCUCGCUCUGUUCACACCCCUCAGCCCAGCUCUGCUUUGUGGGAUAGUGGGAUUGGCACUGAGCUAAUCUUUGAUGGAACUGCCAACCUGGGCCAGCUUGAGGCAGGCGUGAUGGGUAAAGGCAUAAAUUUAGCACUGUCGCCAACUUGAGACAUGCAGAAACCAUUAAUUAGGCCCCCAAGAUCGUAAGAUUUGAGAAUCAUUGUAGUACACUUUGGAUUCUUUUCAUUUGCCUUUUGGGUUUUCAGCUUUUAGGAUUCACAUUUUCAAGGUUUGCUCUGCAACCAUAAGUGCUAGAAACUUUUUGGUUUUCAAUGUAAGCUGAGACUUUUCAUGUAAUCACAUAACACCAGAGCCUAGGACUUUUAGAGAAACACUAAAUAUUAUGAGACUCCUGUAGGAGGUGGCAACCAACUGAUCUAGCCAGGUAAUUAGCCGCUACACCUUACAGCUGUUUUAACGUAGUUGGGGAUUGGAUAAAAUACCCCUUUUGUAUAAACCUCUGGGCUGUAGAUGCUCUGAGUUGCAAAUGGAGCAUUCCCUCCCGUCCCCACUGUCUCGCAUUACAAUGGCCUCUGAAAAGCUUUAAUACCCCCUGAAAAGAUGGCCUCAUGAAAUGUCUCCCACAUAAUUCUGUCCUGAUGAUCUCUGUACCGACCUGUUCGCUUCCCUGGUAAUCGCGUGUGUCAGAUUUCACUUCCUGCUCCCUUCUGGGUAAGUGUGUGUCCAAAGUGGUGAUGGAAGCAUAUGAUACCAAAUUAUUGGCCUUUUCCUGUGGUUUUCAGGCCAAGUGACAGCUGUAGCAUGGCAGGGACACAAUGGAAAUAAAAAUAUUAGUGCUAUGGCAGAUUGCGGUAUCCCAUGCUGUAUUGAUUAAAGCCAGGAGGAGGUGCUGUGCAGAGGUGGGACUUGGGUUCUAGUCCUGACGUCUCAGUUUAUUCUGUAGUCCUCUGGCUCAGUGUGACAAGGUGAAGGAGGUCAUAUUUCAUUGGACCAACUUCUGUUAGGGAGAGAGAGCGAGACAAGCUUUUGAGCUUACUCAGCUUACAGAGCUCUUCUUUGGGUCUUGGAACUAGUGGGUGAGUCACUUAACAUCCUUGUGAGGCACAGAGCGGCUGGGCGGGUUAAUUCAUGAAGGUUUGUUAAGUGCUUGGAGAUCUGUGUACCAGAAUUGCUAGGGAGGUGUGAUGGAUGGCUAUUCUGUCCAGCCACACUAUUAAUUGAAUGCUUUGUGAAAUGCCUGCCUCCCCACCUCCCAUAAUAGGAGGGCAGGAGAAAGGAAGAAAUGGAUACCCCUGUAUUCUUUCCAGGCAAGUGGGGACUCAGCCAGACGCAGAUGGAAGACGAGUGGGAAUUUGCUGGGAAGUAGAGCAGUCCCAGCCCAGUGGUAUCAGAAGGGGGGUUAGGGGGGAAAGCUUUUAUCUCUCCUCCCCUUUCAUUCCCCAGACACAAAGCCAUCUGUGAUUAACGCCUGUGAAGUACACCUAGCGCUUUGGGACCGUGCAGGGGAUGCACACACUGUAGCAGGGGGAGAGAGAGAGAGACCAGCUCAGAGCAGCUUGGAGACCCUUUCACUACUGUUGGGGGCACCUGCUCCAACCCCUUUCAUCUCAAAGUUUACUUCAUUUCUUGGCUAUAAGCUAUAGCCUUGCCCCAUGGGCUACUAGCCGAGCUCCUGAGCCCAGGCAAAAGGCAGCACCCCUUGGAACAGGGACAGAGCUGUUUCUUUUCAAAUCAGUAUCUGGAAUUAAAAUCCUAAAUUAGUUCAGUCCUAGAAGCUGCUGAAAAUUAUUGGGGUGAUGAAUCCCUGGUCAGCUCCUUGUUGCCCCUGGAGAUAACAGAAGUUUGUGUGUGGUUUGCUGAAUCCACCUUCUGCACUGAGAUAAGAACUUGGAGGCGAGCGACUGGGUCAGACGGCACUGCACCGGAGAGGCUGAGCCAAUUGGAGCAAAUCGCUUGUGCUAGCAAAGGCUGCUCUGAGGCUGAGUUUUGUCACUAGACGCUGCGCGGGACGUCUGAUUAGGUUCAUGCCGGCGGCUUUCUCACAUGGAGGAUGAAGGGACAGAGUAAUGGUCUGAAGAAUUCGCCUGCCAGCUGCCCCCCCCGGUUGUCCGUCACAACCAGUACUGAAGAUGAUCCGGAGCGGACUGAGCUCAGCCCCAGCAGAGCCCUGUCUGCAGGUGAAGACACCUCCUCGGAGCUGCAGAGGGUGGCUGCGUUGGACAAUGCAGAUCAGCCAGAUCGCUCCACCUUCCAAGGGAGAGGAGCUCUGUCCAGGAUAGUCCGACUGGUCGUGGUGCUCAGAGACUGGGCUAACAAAGGCUUGCGGGAGGAGGAGCAAAGGCCAGACUCGUUUCUUGAGCGGUUCCAUGGGCCGGAGCUCCAGACGGUGACUGAAGGAGAUGGCAACGCCCAAGGUGACCAAGAAAACGACGGCAGCAAACGCAAAAAGAAGAACUGGGAGCUCUUUGUGGUGGAUCCUGCUGGAGACUGGUAUUAUCACUGGCUGCUUGUCAUUGCAGUGCCCGUCCUUUACAACUGGUGUUUACUUGUGGCAAGAGCCUGUUUCAGUGACCUCCAGAGGGACUAUUGGAUCCAUUGGCUGGUGCUGGACUAUGUCUCGGACUGUAUCUACGUCGCUGAUAUUGUCAUUCGGCUGCGCACAGGUUUUUUGGAACAGGGUCUGCUGGUCAGGGACCUGAAGAAGCUACGGGAUAACUACAUCACCACCUUACAAUUCAAGCUGGAUGUCCUCUCCAUCUUGCCAACAGACCUGGCCUACCUUGCAGUGGGAUUACAUCAGCCUGAACUACGCUUCAACCGGCUGCUGCACUUCUCCCGCAUGUUUGAGUUCUUCGACCGGACCGAGACCAGAACCAGCUACCCAAAUAUCUUCAGGAUCAGCAACCUGGUUCUCUACAUCCUGAUAAUCAUCCAUUGGAACGCCUGUAUUUACUAUGCCAUCUCCAAGGCCAUUGGGUUUGGGACGGACACCUGGGUGUAUCCCAAUAUCACCGACCCUGAGUAUGGCUAUCUCGCCAGAGAAUAUGUCUACUGCCUCUACUGGUCCACUCUGACCCUGACCACCAUUGGGGAGACCCCACCCCCAGAGCGUGAUGAGGAGUACCUCUUUGUCAUUGUUGAUUUCCUCAUUGGUGUCCUGAUCUUUGCCACCAUCGUGGGGAAUGUGGGCUCCAUGAUCUCCAACAUGAAUGCCACCAGGGCAGAGUUCCAGGCCAAGAUAGAUGCCAUCAAGCACUACAUGCAAUUCCGCAAGGUAAGCAGGCACAUGGAGGCCAAAGUUAUCAAGUGGUUUGACUACCUGUGGACCAACAAGAAGGCUGUGGAUGAGCGUGAGGUCCUCAAGAACCUCCCUGACAAGCUGAGGGCAGAGAUUGCCAUCAACGUCCAUCUGGAGACUUUGAAGAAGGUGAGAAUCUUCCAGGACUGUGAGGCUGGUCUGCUGGUGGAGCUAGUGCUGAAGCUUCGACCACAGGUUUUCAGCCCAGGAGAUUACAUUUGCCGGAAGGGGGACAUUGGCAAGGAGAUGUACAUCAUCAAGGAAGGAAAGCUGGCUGUGGUGGCAGACGAUGGCGUGACACAGUAUGCUUUACUCACCGCGGGAAGCUGCUUUGGCGAGAUCAGCAUCCUCAACAUCAAAGGGAGCAAAAUGGGCAACCGGCGCACGGCCAACAUCCGAAGCCUUGGCUACUCCGAUCUCUUCUGCCUGUCAAAGGACGACUUGAUGGAAGCAGUGACCGAGUACCCUGAUGCCAAGCGGGUCCUGGAGGAGCGUGGCCGGGAGAUCCUGAUCAAGGAAGGGCUUCUGGAUGAGUCUGCGGCCGCAGAGAGCUCAGAAGGGAAGGACACUGAGCAGAAGCUGGAGAGGCUGGAGUCCCACCUGGACACGCUGCACACCCGUUUUGCCCGGCUCCUGACUGAGUACAAUGCUGCCCAGCUGAAGCUCAAACAGCGCAUCACUGUCUUGGAGUCCAGGGUAAAGCAGUACAACCAGGAGGAAUUCUUCUCCGACAGCUCAGACAGCUCCCUGGAGGAAGAAGAAGCAGCUAAAUCCAAAGGACAGGAGUGAGGGCCACAGAUGUCAGCUCUGGCUGUGUGUGCACGCUGCUGAGAUGGUAUUUCCAGGAACGCAUUGCUCCCACUGCCUUGUAUGAGACUUAUCUUGAACCCAUAGAAGUGCUGCUGCUGGCCUUAGAUGGCUGGGAACUGAGUAGAGAGCAGUCAGGUGACUCCAGUAGCUCUCACUCAAGUUGAUCUCUCUCCUUGCUGCCUUUAUCCAAGACCUCACAGAUCAGUAAAAGCACAAGACUGACCUCUGCUGCUGCUAACAUUUCCUUCAAGCUCUUUCAGGGAGCCUGCUGUCCUCUUUCUGGCCUUAGAGAUCGGGACUCCAUUAACUCAGCGCCUUGUAGGUGGGAGUCAGUGAGGACUUCUGGGCCCUGGCAUUGCCGAGGUGGGGGUGCAUAAGCAUUGAUGUAGUCAAAGAUCUUCACUUCUCCCGUUUUUGAUGGGGCUGGUGAGGAGGAUGACCUUUAUUAUCUUACGGGAAUGCUGGUCCUUCUAAACCGCAAGGGAGAAACUGAAGCAUAAACCAGAUGCUCAUUAAUGUAUUUUGGUAUCUGCUUUUAUAACACACACACUAUGUUAUGUAAAUACUUCUUUUCCAGUGUCUGAGUCCAUAUGUUCAAGAGACUAAAACCUGAUGGGGGGCGGGGAGGGGGAAUCCAGCCAUAGCCCUAUCUGUCUGCAAAUGGAAUGUCUUCUGGUUCAGUAUAGCCCUGUAGAUCAGACUCAUGAUAGCCCUGAACAGGAGAUGAUGGCAGAGGAUGGUGGGGAUAGGAGAAACCUAUUCCCUACCUUACCAGGUUGUAUUUUCCUGUAUGAACAUCUUGCUUAGUAGGCAGAAACACUCGUGUGUGUAUUUAGUACUUGGUUCAUGAGGUUGAGGAGCAAUUUUCCUGGAUGCAUUUUCCUAGGUCAUGCUUUCCUGGAGAAUGGCCUUUUGCUAGGCAUUCUGUUCCCGAACCGCUGGGUACAGUGGCAGCUUGAAUUUUACUUGGGCUAGAGAAGUCUCCGGUCACAUUAGCAGUGUGCUUGGGGCUGACAGCACCUGUUCCUUUAGGUGCAAAAAUAAGAAUCUCUCUCUCUCUCUCCCCCCCCCUUUAAUCAUGUACCAGGGAUGCAUGUUCUAAAGACACAAAGCUGUGGCAAGACCCAACUACCUGCCUUUUGUUUACAGUGGGUAACUCAUAGGGUGUUAGCAGAGCCCAUGUAUUUUUCUACAUGAUAUUCCCCUUUGCCAAGCAGCAGGUGUCAGGACUUUGCAGAUCAGUUUGGAGGAGGAAUUGGUGACCCAGGGUCAGGGGAUGAAAUGUUGGUCCCCUUGAGGUCUAUGGCAAAACACCUGUUGACUUCACUGGGGCUGGGAUUUCACCCCUCGUGUAUUCUUGGUGUAACUGUUUAUUUACUAGCUGUUUCCUUGGUCACAAACAGCAGCCAGGCAACUCCCUCUUGCAGCAACCUCACCUCUGCUCUGUCCGUGAGAAGCAGCUGUGCGUGGCCUCUGCCUCUCUUAGAAUCUUGCUGCUUAAAACGCCAUUCCCUGCUCUGCCUCAGCUCCUGAGCUUCAGCUGGGAAAUCCCCUAAUCCAAGCUCCCCACACGGCCUUCAGCGGUGAGCCUGGGCACCAACCCUGCUUAGGAGAAGCGGCUUUGUGAUACAAAGGAACCUCUGAAAGGUUUCUUUGCCCAUCAGCGAGUGCUUUGGCCUACACCCUCCCUGUGUGGGUGUGAUAAGUUUCAUUCCGACUGCUUAUAUACCAAUAACUCUUAUCAUGCAGGAUGGGCCAUUUGCACCCUGCAUGUCUACAAACUAAGCAUUCUGGGAGUUGGAGCCCCCAAAGGAUCCUGUAACGUCACUGUACUUGCAGAACCAAGGCACACUGGGUGUGUGGACUGCUAUCCCACUGCUCUGAACUAGCUAAUGCCCGAGUGUUG